AUGAAAGAUCGGCUAUUGAGUUUAGUACUCCGCAUACUAAUCAUAUUAGAUUGGAGCGAGGGGAAAGUUUUUAAAGUCACCAAAAUGGAGUGCAGAACCUUGGAUCCUUCGUUUACAUAUUUUAGAUCUUGUAAAGUGGUUCACAGGGAAAAUGGUCGAGCAGCACUUUAUAUAAAUGAAGUCUUUCUCUAUAAAGAUCCCAUUGAUGACAUAAUUCUUAACCUUGGAAUUUUUAAGAUAGCCAGAAAUCGACGCUUUCAGUUCCUAAAUGAGACUUUGGACUACUGCCUCUUUAGUCGGCAGUUUUUGGCCAGUGGAUUUUUUGGAUUUCUAAUGACUCCAUUAUUGAGAAUAUCGAAUGUGAACGGUAGCUGCCCCUUGCAGCAAAAUAUAAUUAUCAAUGGCUUCCCCGUCAAUGAAGACACUAUUAAGGAGAUUCCAAUCCCAAACGGUGUUUAUAUGUUCAAUUUGCGAACAUCAAUGAAGAAAAAAUGGAGAACAGACGUGAAAGUCUACGCCACAAGAGUCGAUAAUUAUUCCAAAUAA